CAUCUUCCAAGCGUGGCUCGACGCCCCGUGUGUUUCUCUCUCUCACACACACACACACACUUCGGAAGGAGCCUCAGCAGCCCCAAUUAACAUUAAUCGUGUUAAUUUAGUCGACCUACACCGCGAGGAAUGGAUGCUGCGCAGAGCGACGGAGGUAGGCCACGUGGCUCUAUGGCCCGGUCUGGAUCUAUCCCGCGGAAAACGAGCACAGGUCGAUCAUUUCGGCAGACCACCAACGGGAUCGCUCAGUUCCUGAAGAGCACCCCGCGUGAGCAGGCGGAGGUGGACUCGGAAGAUGAUGAGUUUGAUGAGGAUCAUUAUUUUCAAACGCUGGUCACGCGCGGGGCUGCGAGGGGUGUUCUGACUGUCCAUCUCAAAGACUGCAAGGAUUUCAAGAGCUUGUCUGUGAAGAAGGGCACUCAGAGCUUUGUGAGGGUGAGUGUGGGGGGUAAGGUCAAGUGUACCCGCCUGCAGCCCUAUAAGGACCACAAGGCCAGCGACAACAAGGUGGCCAUCGUCUUCAACGAGUGGAAGUACUUCUCCAUACGGAUCCCAAAGGAGGAGGGCCGGACGCUGGACCCAGUGCACCGUAUCGUGGUGCUGGAGCUCAUCUUCUUCGAGCAGGACUCCGGCAUCCCCAAACUCAUCGGCAAGACCUUCGUCAAGCUGCACGACAUGAUAAAUAAAGAGCGAGUUGCCAUGCACGUGGAUCUCAAACUCAGCCGUCAGGUCGUCUGUAAGUUAGAUCUGGAAAUGGUGAUUACAUACGGAGCAUUCGGCUAUGGUUACUCCCAUCAGCUGCAACACCCCAAGAGGUCCAUGGACAGCUUUGUCGAUCGCUCUCUUUUUCUCCGCUGCCCUCCUCCUGAACAUCGCACGGACCAACGCUAUAACGUGUUGACCCCUCGCUCCAUGCCGUACAUAGACAUCAUCGAGUCGCUGAUGAGACAAGAGUCCGCUGACCCGGACGCCCCCGACAGCCACCACUUCUUCCCCCCGCCUGUCAUGAACCAGCUGCAGAGGCGGGGCAGGUUGCUUCAGCUGCAUGAGACAUUUCAGUCCCGUCAGAGCCAGGCCGAUGUGAUCCAGGAUCUUGAGAAAAUGAUCAUCAAGAGAGGGCUGCAGACAAGCGGCUCCUGGAGACAGAACAAAAAGUCCAAGAAAAUUUUGAACAGAUGGAAAAACAAAGCAAGCUUGAUCCCCAAACUUCUGGGAUUCGCACAGGCUGAAGCUAAGAAAAGUGGCCCAGGACAGGAGGCGGAGGGGGAGGAGGCCCCCCUGGGUCCACGCGCCCGGUCUCCGCUCCUGGCCGCCGUGCUCAGGGCCAAUCGGAUUGCAGAGACGGAGGGACGCCAGCCUGCGGACGACCCCCCUGCGCCGAGGUGGAGUAUGGGGAGGCUGAUGGGCACAGGGGGCACUGCGGAGCCCGCCGAGGACGUGUCCGCCGCCCCAUCUGCCCCAUCUGCCCCGGGGUGGCUGAAUCUGCCCUGGUCGAGUUCUCCUGCCCAGCCUGCGGCGUCGUCGUCGUCAGCGCCGGCCCCCCCGCCCCACGCGCGGGCGGCUGGCCCGUCGUCAGGGGCGACGGAGGACGACCCGACGGAGAUGUGGCUGCGCGCCCCCGCCAGCAUCCCCAGCCUGAGCUCCGUGCUGUCCGACAAGGACCUGGAGCCAAUCAGAAGCAGCCUUGCGUUCAGCCCGCCCCCCCUCUCCUCCUCCGCCUCCUUCGCCGCCGCCGAUCUCUCCCCGCAGGAAGCUGCCUCUGGAUGGCGCCGUCACAAACCUGGACGGGACAAGCUGAAGACCAUGGAGGGGAGCAGCACCCCGUACCGCAGAUAA